ACUUUAAUUCUUUUACAUUGAAGGAGGUCAAAAAACCUUGUUAUUUAUUUUCUGCUAAGGCAGAUUAGGUUGCGCUAUUUUGUGUUUGUGCCUUACGGAGCUAGUGAAUGUGAAAAAGAUUUUCUGAUUUGUGGCACUUCUUCUUCAUUUACCUCAUGCAAAUGUCAACACCUCUUGGAAUGGCUUUUCUCAUUCUUUUAUGAUCUUUUUCAUAUCUUCUGUGUUCAUUCGAUCUCUUUUAUUUUUGUCAGGACAUGUGAAAUUUGUCAUUCUGUUGCACGCAAUGUUGUUGGAGUAACUGAGAUUGAGGCAACUGAGCAGUCGAAUGAGACCACCAAUUCCACAGGGACAGCAGCAGCAGCAGUCUCCACAUCAGUUCCUCAUUCAGACUCUCGAAGCUUCUGGCAGGGCCAUCGCUUCCUCAACUUCCUUCUAGGUUGCAUGGUAUUUGCAUUCAUCAUAUCAUGGCUCUUUCACUUCAACAUGAGGCAACCAUAAAGCUCUCAAGCAAAGAUCAAAAGAAUGAAAAUCAAGAAUGAUCAACAGAAUUGCUCUAACUGAGCCAGCAGAAUUUGCUGUCAUGAUGAUGAGUAAAUGGGAUUGUAGAGAGCCUCACGAUAUGUUUAAUAUGGGUAUUUAUACGUGAUACGUGUAGAGAGCUUCUUAAUAGGUAUUUUUAUCUGCACAUUCCUCAUAGUAAUGAGAGCUGCAUCUUGCCUUUGCAGUUGAGGAUACAGAACUAAUUACUAUAUAUUUGGUUUCUGAGGGAGUGCUUGAAUGUUGGGCUGUUGGUCUUGAGUAUUGCUGUAGUUCCACAAACUUGAGUAUCAUUUUUAGGUUGUUUCUCUUUGGGUUGUGAGGAAAAUGGAUUGUAAAUGAUUUUGCUUGGCAAGAAAAUUCAACAAAAAUUUCCUGUGACCAUGGAGUCAGUAACAGGGUAGUCUUUCAACUCCUGCCGUGAGGGCAGGGGUGUCCCUUUUUUGGGCAACUUUGUUCACAACAAAAUUCUCUUAAUUUG